AUGCGGAACGAUAUGCGAGACACGGUUUCUGGACAAAAACCGGAAAUCGUGAAUUUGAUCAAAAAGGAUGUCAAACCCGUGAACGCCAUUGGCUACCUGAACUGUACCACAGUCCAUCUCAACAAUGGAGCUACGGUUCACUGGGCCAAGAUUUUGAAGGGCGGUGAUAAGGAUAUGGUAGAUAUCAGUGAAGAUGAUAAAAUUGUCCUUCAGAACAGUGUUAAGUUGGGAAAAAAGGAGGACCUUGGUGAGCCCAAGUACGGUGUAACGGUGAAGCAGGAUAAUCUGCGGACGAAAUUCAUAUUGAUGGUUCGCUAUCUCAAGGAGAGUGACGCUGGAGAGUACAUGUGUUACAUCAAAAUACAAAACACGGACUACUCGUAUUGGCCCAAAGAAAUCGGCAAACUUAUCGUGCAAGUGGCCCCGGUCAUCAAUAUCGUUGGAACAAGCGUCUAUGAGGCGGUGGUCGGCGGCAAUCUGACGCUUUCCUGUACUGCAUACGGCGUACCCUAUCCAAACAUCACGUGGAAACGAGAAGACGGACGAGAACUGGCCGUGGGUGGCUUCCAAUACUGGGGGAAGAAAUUGAAGUUAAAGAACAUACAGAAAGAGGACCAGGGAAACCAUAUCUGUGUGGCCGAUAACUCGGUGAGGCCUCCAGCAAGUUACACGGUACAGAUCAAGGUGUUUUACGCUCCGACCUGUCGGUCCGUACAGAACACGGUCGGACAGGCGCAGAACCGCCGCUUUGACGCCAAACUCGAGUGUAUUGUGGAAGGUCAUCCGGACCCGUACAUGUAUUGGGAAAGAUACGAAAAUACGAAACGGAUAGAAAUCACGGAUGACGUCAACUACGAGACCCACAAGCUAUCGGGAAUACAGAAUUCUUUGGGACAAAUGUGGUAUUCACUGCUCGUAAAAAACGUGCAAGCGAACGACUAUGCCGAUUAUUGGUGCAUAGCUGUUAACAAGUAUGGCUCGUGCGAGGCCAAGUUUACCUUGUUUGAAACCAUGGAAUGUCAAGGCUACAACUGCCCUUCCCUCAAAAUCUCAGGAUCCAAUCAGAAUGUCGCUUACAUCCUGCCGAUGGUAUUCGCUGCAAUAUCAGUUCCAGCUCUUCAUUGGAUGAUGUUUUAA